AUGGGUAAAGGAAAGCCAAGAGGUCUCAACGCCGCUCGCAAACUUCAAAACCAUCGUCGCGAGCAAAGAUGGUCUGAUUUGUCCUACAAGAAGCGUGCUUUGGGUACCGCUUUCAAGUCCUCGCCAUUCGGAGGUUCCUCCCACGCCAAGGGUAUCGUUCUCGAGAAGGUCGGAGUCGAGGCCAAACAACCUAACUCCGCUAUCCGAAAGUGUGUCAGAGUCCAGUUGAUCAAGAACGGAAAGAAGGUCACUGCUUUCGUUCCUAACGAUGGUUGUCUUAACUUUGUCGAUGAGAACGACGAGGUCCUCCUCGCUGGUUUCGGUCGUAAGGGAAAGGCCAAGGGAGAUAUUCCUGGUGUUCGUUUCAAGGUCGUCAAGGUCUCUGGUGUUGGAUUGUCUGCUUUGUGGAAGGAGAAGAAGGAGAAGCCAAGAUCAUAA